AUGGUCAAAUCUUACGCCCGUUUCGCACAAUCGCGAUCAUUCGGCGUAGUCACUUCUGCUACCUCGAAUAUCAUCUGGACGCCGGAUUCGACUUCAUCAAGCAGUACAUCUCGAACCAGCGCCGGUCUAGCGAUAGUCCCCGCCAAUGAAGAAGUUUUAACAUGGGACAUCAAGAAAGGCGAAUUAUUAUCACGAUGGCGGGAAAAGAAUUGCAAAUCCGAAGUUACCUGUUUAAAACAAAGUCGGACAGAUGAGGACGUAAUCGCUGUUGGUCAUGCAGACGGAACAAUACGCCUCUGGGACUCCAAAACUGCUACGAUAAUAGUAACCUUCAAUGGCCAUAAAUCUGCGAUCACAACAUUAAGUUUCGACGCCUCAGGAACCCGUCUGGCUAGUGGCUCUAGAGACACGGACAUCAUAAUCUGGGAUUUAAUCGCCGAAGUCGGAUUGUUCAAACUCAAGGGCCAUAAGGAUCAAAUCACCGGCCUAGAAUUCCUACACUUCAAAGCCGAAGACUUCCCGGACGAUGUGGUACCGCAAGCUACGAUCGAUAAUGGAUACUUGUUGACAACAUCGAAGGAUACACUGAUAAAGUUGUGGGAUCUAUCGAGUCAGCAUUGUGUGGAAACUCAUGUCGCACAUACUGGAGAAUGCUGGGCGCUGGGUGUUACGGCUGACGAGGAGGGUGCUAUAACGGCUGGUAAUGACGCUGAGAUGAAAGUCUGGACAAUCGAAAGACGCAUUAUUGCGACUGCUGGAGCAGGCGAUGAUGUAACAAGAAUUGCAGAGCAGGGGGUAGUACACAGGAACAACAGGGAAAGACCGUACUCUAUCGCCUGGCAUCCGAACGGCCGCUUCUUUGCUGCGCAUGGCUCCGACAAAUCCGUCGAAAUCUUCAAGGUCCGAAACGAGAAGGAAAUCCAGAAAGUCAUUAGUAGAAAAAAGAAGAGAAAGAGGGUUAAAGGCAAAGAUGAGGCUGCUGAGGACGUGGAAAUGGAAGACGACAAAGAUAUCAAACUCGAUGUAGCAGACGUAUUUGUCCAGCACACCCUCGUCCGAACCCCAGGAAAAGCUCGCUCAGUCCAUUGGGCUAGCGGUAGUGGUAAAUCGAAAUCCCUCCAAUUGAUGGUCUCAACCACAAACAACCUCCUCGAACUCUACGACAUCCCAUCCACGAAAGAAAAGUCAAAGGACAAAGAUGCCUCGAUAUCCGAGUACACAAAGCUCUACUCUAUCGAACUUCCUGGUCACCGUACCGACGUUCGCGCCUUGUCGUUAAGUUCCGACGACUCACUCCUCGCAUCCGCCUCCAAUGGUUCCUUAAAGAUCUGGAACGUCCGCACUGGAAGCUGUGUGAGAACGUUCGAGUGUGGUUACGCCCUUUGUUGCGCCUUCCUCCCAGGUGACAAAAUAGUGGUCGUAGGUAACAAAUCCGGCGACUUGGAACUCUUUGACCUCGCCUCAGCAACGGUCAUCGAAACCGUUCAAGCCCAUGAAAAGGAAAUAUGGUCUCUACACGUCCACCCCGACGGCCGUAGCGUGGUAACAGGUAGCGCAGAUAAAUCCGCCAAAUUCUGGAAAUUCGAGAUAGUCCAAGAGGAAGUCCUGGGUACCAAUCGCAAAACUCCAAAACUACGCCUUGUCCACAACAGAACUCUAAAGCUGAACGAUGACAUCUUAUCCUUAAAAUUCACACCAAACGGCCAACUCCUCGCCGUUUCACUUCUGGAUAACACCGUCAAAGUCUUCUUCACAGAUAGCUUGAAACUCCUACACAAUCUCUACGGCCAUAAACUCCCUGUACUGUCGAUGGAUAUCUCUUCAGACUCUAAACUCGUUGCAACUUCAUCCGCGGAUAAGAAUGUAAGAUUAUGGGGUCUAGACUUUGGUGAUUGUCAUAAAUCUUUCUUUGCCCAUACGGACAGCGUAAUGGCCGUCGGGUUUGAGAAGAAUGGUCACAAUUUCUUUUCGGCAAGUAAGGAUAGGAUGUUGAAGUACUGGGAUGGAGAUAAGUUCGAGAACAUCAUGAAGAUGGAGGGUCAUUUCGGGGAAGUUUGGGCUUUGGCAGUUAGCAAAGGGAGAGGAGAGCAGAUCGUGGUCAGUGCAGGUCAUGAUAGGAGUAUUAGGAUUUGGGAGGAGACAGACGAUCAGAUAUUCUUGGAAGAAGAGCGAGAAAAAGAACUUGAGGAACUCUACGAAUCAAAUCUUACACAAUCACUCCAAGAAACCAGCCUAAACGACAACGGCGAAGAACAAGAAUCCUCCCGGGCAGGGAAACAGACGAUGGAAACCCUCAUGGAUGGUGAACGGAUAAUCGAGGCAUUGGAUCUAGCAAUCGCCGACCUAGAUUUGUUGGGCGCCUACGAAACAGACGUAGCAGCCAAUCCCAACGUCAAAUUACCAAAACCGGAAAGAAACAUCAUCUUCCGAGCAUUUAACGAUAUCUCGGCUGAGCAAUAUGUCCUUGACACGGUCACUAAAGUCAAAGCAAGCCAUCUACAAGACGCGCUGUUGGUUCUUCCAUUCGAUAAAGUCAUAGACUUCUUCAGGAUUCUAGAAAUCUGGGCGAAGAAGGAGUGGAACAUGCCGUUGACAUGUAGGAUAUUGUUUUUCUUACUGAAAACCCACCAUGAGAGUGUAGUUGCAAGUAAGAAAACAAGAACGCUACUAGAAGGGAUAAGAAAUGCAUUGAAAGAAGGGCUGAGAAGACAGAAGGAUGAAAUGGGGUUCAAUCUAGCUGGUGUUAGGUAUAUCAAGGAGAAAGCCGGAAGCAAAGCCCAAAGCGGGUAUUUGGAUGUCGAAGAGUACGAGAAAGGACUGAAAGAGCAAACCGGGAAGAAGAGGGCGUUCAUUACCGUGGCAUAG